AUGGCAGAAACUUUUCUCAAUUGUAUUGGCUAUAUUUUUAAUAUAAGAGAACAUAUAAUGGAUUAUUUGAAAAAUAUAUAUCCAAGGAAAAAACGAAUGCCUGCAAAUGAAUUUACUCGAUGGGGAAUAUUUAUUUUGAUAUUAGAAUGUAUCGGUACAAUCUACGAUCUAUCAAUGACAAUACCGAUUUAUAUAUUAGGCUAUUUUUUUAAUUUGAAUCCUUUCUCAUGUCUAUCAAUUUCUAUGGCUUCAAUUAGUAUUGGAAUUUCUAUUGGAAUUGGAGUAGGAGUUGGUGCUGGUGUUGGAUUAAAUUGUGAUAAAGCUGCUGGAGUUUCGUUCAAUACUACAAAUAGUACUAAUAGUAUAAUCGAAUUCUCGACUGUUUCAAUUGGAUAA